AUGCAAAAACGAACCCGAUGUACAAUACAAGAAAUAAUAGAUGAUUUACGUAUGACGUCAACUACAACAUCACAACCAAUAAAACCAAAAUCAUUAACAUUACUUGAAUUAUGUCAAACAAUAAAUGAUCUUCGUCAUACAUCAUCACGUAGUACAGCACAAAUUUUAACACGUCGUCUUUAUCUUCAUCCAUUAACUAUAAAUACAAAUGCAAAACAACAAUCAACAAAAAUAAUUAAUAAUAAUUUACUUCAUAUUGAACAACAUAAUCAAGCAAAUUUAGAAAAAAGAAAUUCACCACGUCCCCAUAAACCAUAUCGUGGUCUUGCAAUUCUUUCAUCAUCAUUGCCAUUAAUAACACGUACAAAUGCAAAAUUACAUUCAUCCAUAACUACUGAUAAUAGUAGUGAUUUUGAAGCUAGUACAACAACAAUAUCAUCAAAUCGAGUUAGUUUACCAUCAAUAAAUCGAGGUAUAUCAUCAUCAUCAUCAAGUAAACGUAGUGUACCUAUUCGAUCAUCAUACAUUCCAAGUCAACAAAAAAAUAUUGUAAAUCAUAAUAAUCGUUGGGAAAAAGUUGAUGUAUGGCUUCAUUUAGCUCGUACAUUACAAAAACCAGCACCAAAAGAUCCACCAACAACUCCACUUGAUGCAUUAUUUGAUUUUGAAGUAGAAAAUAUUCAAGAACCUGAAGAACAACAACGACAACAACAACAAUCUAAUUAUGAUUCUAUACAAGAAAUUAAAAUAUAUAAACGAAAUCCUGUUUGUGUUGAAGUUAUUAAAGAAAAUGAUAAUAAUGACGAGGACUAA